AGUAAUUAAAUGAAAUAUAAAAUAAGUCACAGAAAAAAUAUGUUUGCUUCGUCUAGCUUCAACCUCCCCAAACCCAACCUACGUUCCACACUCGCUGCUUCGAAUUCGAUCAUCCCCGAGUCUCCAAACCCCCAAACCAUCUCUCUCCAUACCAAACCUGAAACCCCUUACGAACCCGACUCUGAUUCAGACAAUCAGGUCCGCAAGUUCAAGGGCAGUCCUCAGCUGAAGCGAUGGUCAAGGGCCCGUGCCAUUCGCUCCGGUCGAAAAUUGGACCGCCCUACUCAUCGCUCCCUGGCGGUUCAAUUAGACCGUCAAAUUCAGCUCAGAGAGAGCGGAGAGCUUGAGUCUACCGCCGCAGCUGGAGCAGACGCCGAUACUGACUGGGUGGCAGCGUCGUCGAAAUCGAUUUACAUGAUCUCCGACGGAACUGGAUGGACGGCGGAGCAUUCAGUUAACGCAGCGUUGGGACAGUUCGAGCACUGUUUGGUGGACCGUGGGUGUCCCGUACACACCCACUUGUUUUCCGGGAUUGAUGAUGUAGAGCCGUUAAUGGAGAUUGUGAGGCAAGCAGCGAGAGAGGGCGCUAUGGUGGUUUACACUUUGGCUGAUCCUUCCAUGGCGGAAGCUGCAGAGCAAGCCUGCAAGUUGUGGGGUCUACCGUCGACUGACAUACUGGGCCCCAUUACAGAGGCCAUCGCUUCUCACCUAGGUGUCUCGCCGUCCGGCCUACCUCGCGGGGCUCCUGGCCGGAAUAUCCCUCUCUCCGAAGAUUACUUCCGGAGGAUCGAAGCCAUUGAGUUUACCAUCAAGCAGGACGAUGGGGCUUUGCCUCAGAACUUGCACAAGGCUGACAUUAUUCUUGCUGGUGUCUCUCGUACUGGGAAGACGCCAUUGUCGAUUUAUCUAGCUCAAAAGGGCUACAAAGUGGCAAAUGUGCCCAUUGUUAUGGGCGUUGAUUUGCCCAAAACGCUUUUUCAGGUUGACCCAGAAAAGGUUUUUGGUUUGACUAUAAACCCAUUAGUGCUGCAGACGAUUAGGAGGGCUAGAGCUAAGAGCCUGGGGUUUACUAACGAAGUGGGGAAUAAUUACUCAGAAAUGAAUUAUGUUAGGAGGGAGCUUGAAUUUGCUGGCAAAAUUUUUGCCCGGAAUCCUGUUUGGCCAGUAAUUGAAGUAACAGGAAAAGCAAUCGAAGAAACUGCUGCUGUUGUGUUGAGGCUUUAUCAGGAUAGGAAGCACAGAUGCUCAAUGCCAAGAAUCUCAAAGCGUUACUGAAGAUAGUGAUUUAUUAUCUUAAAGCAUGCACAAAUUAAAUAUUUAUGUAGCAAUAGAGCCAUCUGCCUAGUUCUUACCUGAUAUAAGAUAAGGUAAAAGUUUGCUCUGCCUUUUAAACUGUCAUGGUUAUACAUCAUAUUCCAAAAAUUGUGUAAAUUGUAUCAUAUUAUAUUAUAAAAUAUAAGUAUACUGUAUACUA